CCACAAUUUUACCUUUUUCAAAAGCACACAAGAAUGUCAUUGCUCGCUUCAUCAUUGUAACCUCCGAAUCCCUCCCAACUCUUUCCUCCUUCAAAUUCCUGUGAUAACCACGUUUAUACUCUCUCUCUUUCUCUCUCUCUCUCUCUCUCUCACACACACACACACAUGAACGCAUUCGUUCAGUGCUCUCACUAAGGAGGUUCUGUGGGAAUGGUAAGGAUUCCUUCAGCCAUGGACUUGAAAAAACUUGCAUUCCCAGAUCAGUUUCCUUACUCUGUAUCACCCAGAAGGAAAGUGGUUUCAGGGUUUGGUUUGGGGGUUCUGGCUUUUUUUAUUGUUUUAUGUAUUUUAUUUUUCAAUAUCUCAUAUAAGGUUCCAAUAUUUCACGGGUUUAAUAACAAUUUUGGUGCCAAUAACACUUCGAUUAUUUCUUGGCCUUUCUCAUUUUCAAGCACUGCAUCUUUUUCUUCUCUCUCUUCUUCUAUAACUAGUAGUAGUGCUGGUUCUAGUACAACUUCUUCUACUAUUACUACAGAUGUAUCAGAAAUUGGUAAAAAUGGAAGUCUUUUGGUUACUGAUGGAAAUGGAAUGGUUUCCAAGAAUACCCAUGUGGGAAAUUUCUCCGGGGAGGUCAAAAAUGGAAGUGCUGCAGUUGGAGAAGGAAUGGUUCAAGAAAAUACCCAAGUAGAUGAGCAAGUGUUUGAUAAAAAUGGAAACUCUUCUAAAUCUAAUGGGGAAGGAAUGGUUUUGGAGAAUACCCAUUUGGGGAAUUUCUCUGAGAAGGGGAGGAAUGGAAGCUUUGUUGGUGGAGAUGUGAUUGGAGAGAAAGGAAUUGAAGGGAAAGUCUUUGAGGGAAAUGGAAAUGGAAGUUCUGUUGGUAAAGUUGUUGCUUCUACAGAAAAUCCCAAUGUUGGGAAAAGCAAGGUCACUGAAUAUAGCAGUGUGGGCAAUCUGGAUAUGAACAAUCAAGGAAUUGGGAAAAAUAAUGUUACAAUCUCUACUUUUGAUUCUCAGAUGAAAAUGCAAAAGGGUUUGUUUGGGGAAUGUGAUAUCUUUGAUGGUAGAUGGGUCAGAGAUGACACGAAGCCAUAUUAUCCUUCAGGGUCCUGCCCUUACAUUGAUAGGGAUUUUGAUUGCCAUCUUAAUAGGAGACCAGAUGAUGGGUUCCUAAAAUGGAAAUGGCAGCCAUAUGGGUGUGACAUUCCAAGUUUGAAUGCAACUGAUUUUCUGGAAAGGCUGAGAGGGAGGAAGCUAGUUUUUGUUGGGGAUUCACUAAAUAGGAACAUGUGGGAGUCUCUUGUUUGUAUCCUCCGCCAUAGUGUCAAGAACAAGAAAGGAGUUUAUGAGAUAUCCGGGAGGACAGAAUUCAAAAAGAAAGGGAUCUACGCAUUCAGAUUUGAGGAGUACAACUGUUCUGUGGAUUUUGUUAGUUCUCCAUUUCUUGUCAGAGAAUCAUCUUUCAAUGGUAGAAAUGGUUCUUUCGAGACACUAAGAUUAGACUUGAUGGACCAGACAACUUCAAUGUAUCAUGAUGCCGAUGUUGUAAUCUUCAAUACAGGCCAUUGGUGGACUCAUGAGAAAACGUCUAGAGGAGAAGACUAUUACCAGGAAGGUAAUAUUGUCUACCCAAGACUCAAGGUCCUACAAGCAUACAAGAAGGCACUUAGUACUUGGGCUAGAUGGGUUGAUAAGAACUUUGCUGGCAGCAGAACUCAGGUCAUCUUUAGAGGAUAUUCAGUGACCCAUUUCAAGGGAGGCCAGUGGAACUCAGGAGGGCAGUGCCACAAAGAAAUUGAGCCAAUCUUCAAUAAAACUUAUUUAGCAAAGUACCCUUCAAAGAUGAGAGCUCUAGAACCUGUGCUUCGAAAAAUGAGAACUCCUGUUAUAUACUUGAACAUAAGCAGGCUUACAGAUUACAGAAAAGAUGGCCAUCCUUCAAUUUACAGAAAGGAAUACACCACGGUAGAAGAACAAAUUGCAGCCGAGCAGUCACAAGAUUGCAGUCAUUGGUGCUUGCCUGGAGUACCAGAUGCUUGGAAUGAGUUGCUAUAUGCUUCUCUUUUAAGGGCCGGAAAAGGAUCUUGGAGAAGCUGAACGGAAAUUUACACGAGUCAAAUGUGACAUAAUAAUAAAAAAAUGUUGUCCUUUUCUUUUUCUUCCAUGUCUCAAUCAUGUUUAAUGUAAGUUGUUUGACUAGAUGCCUAGAUAUAUGUUGAGGCAGAUGAAAAUUGUGAUCUGUCGAGUUCUAGCUUAUGCAAAUCCAGCAGAUGUAAAGUAGAGAUGAAUUGAUGUAUAUUCUUUCAACUUUAAUUACAAAUAUCAGGAGAUGUUCUUCAUUUCUUUUUGGAAACAAAA